UUCAAACAAAGGAUAAUCAAAUAAUGGCAACAGUAGUAUAUCGCUGUUCGAUAGUCAUAAAUCAACCGGUUCCAGAUGUUACUUGAGUUUUCAUUUAUUUUUAAUGGUAAAAAUUUAUUUAAAAUCUGUAAACUUUGUCAGAAAUAAAUCCAGCAUUAUUAUGAUUAUCUCUUAUAUUGGACAAUAGCCUCAAUAUUCAUUUAUUUUUGUAUUAACGUAGCAUUGACAAAUCAUGACUUAGGAAUAGUGAUUUGUCUGUGUGUAAUUGGAAACUGAUUUUAUUAUGUUUAGGAAUAAUAAUAUUUAUCAUAUUUUCUAGUCUAAUCUACCAGAUGACGAAAAGUCGAAUAGACAACUUGACUUUGGGAACAUCUUUUUGAAUAGAUUAUUUCAUACGAAGUUGCUCCUAGCAGACUACAUUGAUUCGACUUUUGAGGAAAUAGUAGAUCCGCAAACACUAUCGAUUCCAAUUCGUUACUUCCUCUGCAUGUUGGAUAAAUUUGGAGAUGACUUUAACAUUGAUCCAGAAGUACUGCAAUCAUGGAAAAAUGAGUUUUAUGCUACACGAAUUUGGGCUCCAUUGAUUGGUAAACCAGACAUACUGUUUGACGUUAAUGUGCCUGGUCAUGUCGGGCCAUGUUUGGACAUUCUGAGACAAGUCUUUGUAGAAUGCUUCACACAGACAGCCCACAAAGUAAACAAGGAUUCACCAUCACAGAAAUUAUUGUUCCAUAAAGAUAUUCCAAGAUACAGAAAACUCAUCGGUCCUUUCUUCAAACGGGUAGAGCCAGUCAAUGAUCAGGCAUUCUGGAGUGAAAUAGACGAACUAUCAAAUAAACAGAAAGCAGAACUGAAGUUCAGCAGACAGUUGAUUCUUCAUCAGAUAUAUAAUUCGUUCAUUGGAAAGUACAGAAGUGAAAUAAUUGAGGAUUUUGAGGAUAUGGAAGAAAGCAAAGACCUCCAAUUUGCAAAAAAGGUUGAAGAAUUCAUAGAUUUGAUGGAAGAAUGUUCAAAUAAUUCUUAAAUGAAUAUCACAGAAACUGUAAAUAAGAGAUUUUUCACAACAUUCAUGUCUCACUUAUAAUGACAUUAAAGAUAUCUAUGAGCGUAAAGGCUUAAAACUUGUCAGCAAAUUUAAUGAAAUCAUAAUUUUAAUGAAGUAAGCGUUCCUGCAUUGUUAAUUGAAUGGCUUUAAGAAAUACUUUUUCUCAAAUUUAAAGCCUUUUUCUGUAACGAAAAAGGAAAGUAUGCUAGAUACACUUAGUGGAAAUGUGAAGAUAUGAUUGAAGCUUUAAAUUUUCUCCUGGACAACAUAUAUGUACGUUUCGGCGAUAGAAUGUAUCGACAGGUAGUAGGUAUUCCUAUGGACACUAACUGCGCCCCUUUAAUAGCAGAUUUAUUCCUGUAUUGCUAUGAAUCUCAGUUUAUGACCAAACUCAGUAAGGACACGUCAUUGUUAUAUUUGGUUGAUACAUUCAACAAUACCUUCCGUCAUCUAGAUGAUAUUUUUUCGUUAAAUAAUCCAGAGUUCUCUAAAUAUACUACCGAAAUUUACCCAAUUGAACUUACUUUAACUAAAUCUAACAUAAACAGCAGUAGUUGUCCUUUUCUGGAUUUGGAAAUUUCAAUCUCUAAAGGAAAACUCAAUACGAAAAUUUACGACAAAAGAGACGAUUUUUCAUUCCCUAUUGUUAAUUUUCUUUUUUUAGACGGCGAUGUUCCUUUGGCUCCAUCAUACGGUGUAUAUAUAUCCCAACUCGUUCGUUAUGCCCGUGUGUGUAGUGAUGUCAUAGAUUUUAACGAACAUAAUCAAUGCAUCACUGGUAAAUUAUUAAAUCAAGGAUUUCGUUACUAUAAAUUACGUAAAACUUUUGCUAAGUUCUUUCAUAGAUACAAAGAUUUGAUUAGUAAAUUUGGCUGUACUUGUAGAAAACUGAUUAAAAACGGUAUUUCACAUCCUAAAUUUUACGGUAAUAUUGUACUUAAGGCGCGGAAAUCACUAUGUGAUCCGUGUAAACUCAUCGAACCUUUAAACAGGCUUAUUAGUAAAGGUUAUCUUACCAAUGUUGUAAUUAGAUCUUUGAAUAUAGUUUACAUUGGCACCAAUAUCGAUUUUGUCAUCAGCAAAUUAAAACAUAACUAAAGUUGUAUUUUUUUUAAAGUGGGAUGUAUAAAGACACACCCACGUUCGUUUAGAUCUAUAAAGAGGUUAUACUCCUAACUAUCCUACUGUCUGUCGAUACAUUUAUUUUUGGCAUUGCACUAGUCAUGUCUUCUUUGACUGUCCAUGACGUUAAAAUACUAAAUCCCUGGGAUGUGUUUUAGUUGAUUUUAGUCUCUGAUGCAUGAUUUUUAUUAUUAAUUGUUUUGGCUUUUAACUAGCUGUCAGUAACUGCGAGUACUCUCAAAUCGUACUUUCUUGUUUAUUUGACCUGUUGAUACUAAUUGUAUUGCUUUUUUGUUAUUUAAUGUUAUUCAGGGUUAUAUCUGGUCUAUAUACCAGCUUUUAUAAGUGUUUGGUAUAACUAUAAAUUUUCAAUUCGUACUAUGAACAUCAAAAUUAUUUAUUUUGUAAUAAUAUUUCCUUUCUCUAUUGGUACUGUACACGUAUACCUGACAACAAAAUUAUUUUCAUUUACCUGUGUUUAAAGUUAUUGCAAAUGGAUGGUAUUUUUGUUCGAGCAUAUUGUUUUUCUUUAAUUGUUUAACAUUUCUUACCGAUAUAACAUGUUACUUUUAUUAUUCUUCCCUUAGUUUAUUUAUUUUGUAUUCAAAAUUAUUAAUUUUGUAAAAAUAUUUCCUUUCUCUAUUGGUACUGUACAGGUAUACCUAACAACAAAAUUAUUUUCAUUUACCUGUGUUUAAAGUUAUUGCAAAUGGAUGGCAUUUUUGUUCGAGCAUAUUGUUUUUCUUUAAUUGUUUAACAUUUCUUACCGAUAUAACAUGUUACUUUUAUUAUUCUUCCCUUAGUUUAUUUAUUUUGUAUUCAAAAUUAUUAAUUUUGUAAAAAAUAUUUCCUUUCUCUAUUGGUACUGUACAGGUAUACCUAACAACAAAAUUAUUUUCAUUUACCUGUGUUUAAAGUUAUUGCAAAUGGAUGGCAUUUUUGUUCGAGCAUAUUGUUUUUCUUUAAUUGUUUAACAUUUCUUACCGAUAUAACAUGUUACUUUUAUUAUUCUUCCCUUAGUUUAUUUAUUUUGUAUUUACAUUGUAUCAUAGGUCAAAUUUAUUUGUUCAGUGUAUGUUCAAUGGUGUUAAUAUGUCCUUUGAUUGAGUUAAGCUAUUUCAGUUGAUAUUUUAUAGUGUGUAUUUCUAUGUUGUGAUGUUACACUAUUGUUUCAGAAAAAGGGUGAAGGUUUGGUACCAAUAAAACGUUUAAACCCGCUGCAUUUGUUUGCACCUGUCCAUAGUCAGGAAUCUGAUGUUCAGUAGUUUUCGUUUUUUUGAUGUGGUUCAUAAGUGUUUCUCGUUUCUCGUUUUUUAUAUUGAUAAGACCGUUGGUUUUCCCGUUUGAAUGGUUUUACACUAGUAAUUUUUGGGGCCCUUUAUAGCUUACUGUUCGGUGUGAGCCAAGGCACCGUGUUGAAGACCGUACUGUGACCUAUAAUGGUUUACUUUUAUAAAAUUUUUACUUGGAUGGAGAGUUGUCUCAUUGGCACUCAUACCACAUCUUCUUAUAUCUAUCUACUAAUAAGUAUGCAUGAUUGAAAUCGUCUGAUGACCGCUUAUUGGAGUUGUUGCUCUUUAAUGAUGAUUUUAACUAAUUUUUUGCGUCUUUGCCUAAUAUCCAGAAAAGAUUAAAAAGAUUGAUAGAAACUGAAAUAAACUCAUCAUAGAUACCAGGAUUAAAAUUGUGUACGCAAGACGCGCGUUUGGUCAACAAAAGACUCAUCAGUGACGCUCGAAUCAACAACAGUGAAAAGGGUCAAAUAAAGUAAACUGAUCAGCCAGACCAGAUCUCCAAAUAAGCCUACUGGCCGAAACCAUCAGUUCACACCUUAUUGGAGUUAUUGCUCUUUUAUUACAGUAUUUACCCAUUUUCAGUGUUCUGCCUAAUAUCUAAAUCUUUUAUAGAUAGAUAGUCACUUUAUAUAACAAAAAUGAUCAGCAAGACAAGAUCUACAAGUAAGUCAACAUGGCCUUAAUCGUCAGUUGUCUCCUUAUCGGAGUUCUUGCUCUUUAAUGACGAUUUGCACCAAUAUUUUGCGUGUUUAACUAUUAUCCUGAAGUCUAUAAAAGAUAGAUAGAUACUUUAGAUAGCAAAAAUGAUCAGCAAGACAAGAUCUGAAAAUGUUGCCGAAAUCGUUUUUAGACUCUUUAUAGCUGUGAUUGACCUUUAAUGACAAUUUUUUUACCCUUUUUUUGUGAUUUGGGGAAAAACUAAAGACGAUAGAGAGAAAAAAAAAUGAUCAGCAAGACAAGAUCAACAUGAAUUAUAUUCUAGUUCACAAUGUUGAAGAGUGUUUAUUCUUGAAGAUGCCCAUCUGGACCUAGGUUAGCGACACAGGGCCUCAAGAACCCCUAAUUAAGUAAACCAUACGGUAAUUGACAUGUAAAUAAUACGUCGAGGUUCAUUGCAUUAGUCUUAUGUAAAAAAAAGAAAACAAUUGCAUACUAUACGUGUUGGAAAAAUUAGAUUUUUAACCACACAUCCGAGUUUGUUUCCGAAAAUCUUUGAAAAGGUCGUUUUGUCUUUUUUGCUGACCAGACACAAAUUAAAAGUUACACGAGUUCUGGAUUUGUAAUGAAUUAUAAUAUUUUUAUAUUUUAUUUUGGAAAAGAAGGUUAACAUGGUUAAACAGUGUAAAGGAAAGGCACAAUUUGAUUUUUAAGAAGGUAUGACUUUAAGGAAGUGCGUGUCAAAAGGACCAUUAUUUUAUAUGUGUUAAUGCUAUUUUAAGUACUUAUCUAUUGUAAUUAUGUAAGAGCAAAUCUUUUUACUUAAGUUUAAUAAAUUCUUUCAAACAUUUAA